GGAUGUCGCUCUGCUGUAUAGUAGGUUACAAGUGGGUCACUGUAUAAUGGAUUGUAUUAAAUUUGAAUUCAAUGAUAUCAUAUUAUCAUUGUAUACGUAAACGAUUCUGAGCGGAGAUGGUUUGUCAGUCUGGAGAUUUUAUGUUGUUAUUAUAUUUUACUAUAGGCCUGUAUGUUGAAUUAAUAUUAUAUUAAUCGUUAUUUUUAUGGUGAUAAACAAAUUGUUAGAAAUUAAAAUCCCAUUUUUAGCAGUUUUUUGUAAUUUAUCGGUGGUUUUUCUCGUGGCAUUUAAUAACUAUUGAGAAAAUCGAAAAAUGACCUGUUUAAAGUACCAUCUUAAUCCAAUUUUCUAAAAAAUAAGAUACUAUAUGUUGAAAUUGAAGCACUCCUUCUGGUAGACAUUUUGUAUACAGAAUAAAAAAAAAUAAAAAAAAUAUCACCAUUGAAAAACCAAUGGAUUCAUCACUCCGCUCAGAAUCUAAAAUACAAUUACAAUAUUAUGUCUUUUAUUUACACUUGUUAAUUGAUUAUGCUUCAAAAUAUAAAUACAUAAAUUCAGAAUAUAAAAAUAAUAUAUUUGGAUUGGGUUAUUUUUUUGGAUUGGGCGGUCGUCCGCGCUUGAGCGGUAUGUAGUAGAACAGUCUUGAGAAAAGUACUGCACAAGAUUGCUGUACACGUCAUUUGUACAAAGUAAAAAUUAAAUCAAGUCAAAAGUACUACGCAUCGUGUAAACCAAACAUUAUAAUGGAAUUGUUGUGCACAUUCGUUUCUGUGCACAUAACCAAUUAAAUUGUUAGCAGUGAAUUAUCACAAAAAACGAAAGAAAUGCCAAGAUCCUGCGGUUCAUGUAUGUUUUUACUAAAAACUUGUUUCUAACAGGGGAUGCAGCAGCAGCUGUCCGUGUGACGCCAUACCUACUAUGUAUAAUAAUACAUUUUAGUUUGAUGUUGUAUAAAUUGUCUGCUGAAAUAAAAGGUAUCAUGGAAUUUAGGUAGAUGACCUAACCUGUACCAUUUUAAGAAGUUUUUAUAGAAAACUCAUGACGUGUUCUCGUGUACUCGUGUGGAAUGCUAACCGUAGAUAAUAUCAUUGUCACCGUCGUCUGAAUUUAUAAUAAAUCGUUUUAUUGUAGCCGAAAGGUAAAAUGUAAAACUGUUGUUUGUACAUUAGGUAGGUAGGUACCUAUUAUAUUAUUCUAAUCGACAGGUGAUGGGUCUACAUGGCGGGCGCCAAGAUUCUUAGUCGGUUUAUACUACGGUAAGAUAUGUCUACUGUAGUAAUAAAACUUGUUGUAUUGUUACUGCGCAGAUAGUAGGCACACCUUCCUAAAAAUGUUGCUGCACGUUUACCCAGUAUAGUGCUAUGGUACUCGUACUCAAUCUUUUUAGAUCCACGUACCACCUGCACAGUUUGAACAUUAUCAUGAACCAUUUUAUCAAAAUAAUAACUUUUUUUUGCUUAUCAAAAAUGUUCCCUUCAUUUUACAUGCAUAGGUAUGGUUAGAAUAUAACGUAUACAGUCGUAGAUAUAUAUAUAAAACCAGCUAAUAUUAAAUAAACUAAAUAAUAUUACGUUUAUUCCUAACAUUUUUAUAGCUUCACUAUAUUAUAAUAUAAUAUAACGAUCAGUUGAAUUAUUAUAAAUAAGUACAUCUUGUACAAUAUAUCUCCUAUAAUUUUAAUGAAAAUCGUAUUGAAGCACACUUUUUUGUACACAAUAAGUAAAAUCGUUUGUAAGGUAGGUAGGUACUUAUAUAAGUUAUAUUGUACAACAUAUAGAAGUUAUGAACACUUUGUGCAACAUUUGAAUUUUAAACCCAUUUUUAGGUUACUACAGCGUCAGGACUACACCAUUUUUCAAUUCGUAUUACACAUUUACACAUGUUGAUUUCUGUACUGCACACCAAAUUGUGGUCUGAAUUAUAAAAUAUAUUACCACUGCAUAUAGUAUAACCGCUAUUAAAUUUAAAACCUGUGCGUGACAUUACAUUUUAUGGGGAUAAAAGGUUUUGGUUGUACGAUCACACAACCGAAGUCAAAACCCAGGUACCAAUAAUAUUAUAAACCCUGCACAUUUAGUUUGUUGCUUAUAUAAUUAUGCGACGCAGUAAGUAUCAUAAAAACGCUUUCGGAACGUUUUAUUUUAUAAUUAAAAAAAUAAAUAGUUGGUAGGUAUACAUAAAUACUACUAAUUAGGUUUGACAUAUAAGCGUAAAAUAAUAAUGUUGGUGACAGGUGUACAGUUAAUGAAAUCAUUUCAAAACAAUAUUUAGAAAAUACUGUUUAAAAAAUAUUUAUUGUUUUAAUUCACCCAUUAUUAAAGUAUAAAAUAUAACAUUUUAAAAUAUAAUAAAUUGUGUAAGUGAUGACUAAACGUUUUUCGUUUACAACAAAAUAAGAAAAUCGCUACAUGAGAAAUCGAAUAAAUAUUUGAUGUUGUAGAAAUGUCAACUUCAAACGCUCAUAAAAAUGUAAUGUGACUUUAUUAUAGACAUUUUCUUGUUGAUAAAAUUAUAUAACCUUAUAAGGAAUCUUGUAUUACAUUUUAAAAUCUUAGAUUUAAAAAAAAAAUUUAGAAAUUUCUAACUCAAAAUAAUGUGCACUAUUUUGUCAAGAUUUGAACUUAAAAUGCUUAUAAAAAAAAAAAUUAUUUAAUAUUUUUCAAUUGUCAUUGUAACAUUAGAGUAACAACCUUGUAUCAAAUUUUCAAGCUUUUUUACCCAAAAAAAAAAAAAUUGUAAUGUCAUUCAUGGAAAAAAACUAAAAAAAUUGAAAAUUGAUAAUGCCCGUGAACAGCUCAAAACAAGUCAAAAUAUUUUGAAUAAUUCAUGGUACAUAGAAAAUGGCAAUAUAAAUUUUCAGUGAAAAUUUCAUGUAGAUACGGGUUUUCAUCUAGCGUUUUCGACGUGCGGUGCUCACGCAUAUUUACCGUGCGUUAUAACCGCAGUAUUAUGUCUCGUCCCUUACCAGAAAUCGAGACGGCGGCGGCGGCGUCGUCGUGGUGUCCAACACGCCCACACAAACGUCGUCAACCCGCAAACCGACGCACGCACACAAAAGCGUAGUCAUACACCGAACGUGUACGUCUAACAUUCCACUCCCUCCCAUGCCGGUGUGUUACAAACCGCCGCCAACAAGCUGGCAGACAACGACACACCGCGUUCGAGUUCAUUCGUGAUUCGUCCGUCAGGCGUCGACACCGUACGAUACAUUAGCAUCGCUCCACUGUUCCUGUAGUUCCCGAAUUGGUUACUGCCACCCGUACGCCGUCCGUUAAAUAAUUGUCGACAUAAAUAAUAUUAUUUUUACGGCAUCGCAGCCGUUUUUUCGCCGUAUUUUUUUACGGCACCGCAGCGGCAUUAUAUUUUUGUCGAAUAGCGUGUUUGUCGUCACCCACCUCUACAAUCAACAAGCGACCAGCGUUGGACACUUCAAAAAUGGCAUCUAAUAUCAGCGUUUCACAAAACGAAAGUAUUCAAAAUGAUCACGAUUAUAUUGAAGUUGAUAAAAUGGUUCUUAAAGUGAAAAAUGUUAAUAUAAACAAAGACGAUAGAGCAGUAACUUUGGCGAUUAAACCUAAUAAUACACAAAAAAAAAAUCAAGAACAAUUACAUACAGAUUGUGAAGAUAGUUAUAGUAAGAAAGAGAAAUUUUCUUGGCAAUUGGUUCAUGGAUACCAUAUACCAUAUAUUAUACGUGUAAUUAAUGGUGUAAAGUUACAGUUUGUAUCUGUACGGAUGGUGGAAACUCUUCUACUCGGCGAAUAUUUACAAUAUUUACAUGAAAAUAUGUAUACAUGUACAUCAGUAAGAAGUUAUUUUAUCACCGAUAGUGAAGCAGCGUUAUUAAAUGAUAUCAACAAUUUUCAUUGUGAUUUUGCUUUUGGGUAUGCAAUUUUCUUUGCAAGAAAAGAUUACAUCAUCUCUUUAGAAGAUGCUCAAGAAUUUUAUACAUUCAUAGACGUGUGUUAUAAAGUAUUACUGUCCAAUGAUAAUACAGGUCGCAAAAAAAAAUGUGGUUAUAUACUUUUUAACUUUGAAUCUGUUUUACCAUAUGCUAUUAAGGAUGAUAAAAAAUAUAUUCCUUUAUUUUGCUUUGAAAGUGAAACAAAAAACCUACAACAUCUAACUGUAAAGUUAGAAAAUUGGAACUUAGCCUAUCUCAAGUUCUGUUGUAAACUUCAGGGUAUCAUUAAUAAUGAGUUUUUCGCUAGUGACUCUUGCACAGUGAUCAGUCUUGAUGAUAUCAAGAAUUCUUAUUCAAGCGACACAUUUUUUGAAGAAUAUUGGCCACCUAAUAUAAUUGAUAUACAAAUCCUAACAAAUGAGAAUUCUACCCAUGUCAAUCCCCCAGGGGUCUGGAUCAAACCACCCCUUGAAGUAGUAAUUGCUGAGAAUAGUACCAUUCCUCAAACCUUAACAGAAUCAACACCAGUGUUACCAACGAGUAUGCCAGUGAUGAUGAACUCACAUCAAAACGGAAGGCCAGCAAACCAAAUGGGUUCAACAAUGUUACAAGGCAGUAGUUUGAUUAUCGGUGCGGGCCAUGUUGUACCUCCACCACCUCCAUAUGAAUCAGUCAAUAAAACACCAGUAAUUGGUGAUACUGUGUCAUACUCCAACGCUGUACCUCUUAGCUUAUGUAGGACAACUAUGAACAAUUCAAUGAUCAAUAGCAAUGUGAUGUCACACUCGAAUCAAAUGCAAAAAUUAUACACUCAAAAUGCUAUUAACAAUAGUCAAGCCCAGCAACAACAGAUACAACAACAGCAGUUUCAACAACAACAAUUAAUAAUUUCUACUCCACAAAUUCAGCCAUCACAUAGUAGCCAAUAUGUGCAUGGUCAUCUACCUAACACUCAACUGCAUAAUACCUCGAGGAAUGUAGGGCUCAUCGUAGCUACUCCGGCCAUUGGAAGCAUUGACUUCACAUCACAACCAUGUAACCCUAUACUUCCAACUGUACAAGACACUUCUCUUCGCCCUCGUGUUGGAUGGGAAUUGACUAGAAUACCUGAACGCUUAUGGACAAAUGGCACAAAUAUCGCUGCAUACAAGAUCAGAAAGGUAACACUUGAAGGGAGAAUAAUCCAUUGCAUAAACGCCAAUCCAUACAUGUACUCAGAUGUAUUAAUUAUGUUACGUGACCUGGUGCAGGCGGUGCUGCCUUCGUCGUGGACUGUCACUAAUUGCGCUCAACACUUGCAAAAAUACUCAAAAAUUACACUAUUUGGUGGAAAUUCUGAGCAAUUGGCUUUAUUGUGGAGGUGUGGACUCAUCAGUUCAAUUGAUCCGGAACACACACCGAUGGCAAUGUUGCAAGAUAUCAGGUAUUGGCUUAACACUAUCCGUCUUAAUUACCGCACCCAAAAUGCUCCCGCCCCGCCCAACAUGUAAGAACUCCACCACAAAUAUAACGCAGCAUAAAUAAUUUGUGUGUCCAUAAAUAUUGUGCACUGGUCGUUGUUCUCCAUCACCUCAAAUUGAUUGUUGUUCCAGUUAUUGUGUUUGUUUUUAUUAUUGUUUGUAAUACAUUUUGGCAUAUUAUCAUAAUUCAUUUUUAACUGAAAUUCUGUCUAAACUAGACUCGAUUGAUGACGAUAUUAUCUACAUGACACCGUGUCGUGUAGGUAUGUUUUAUAAUUUGCUAUUUCAAUAUUAUAAUAUAAAUGUGAUAAUCAUUUUGGGUUUUUGUCAUUUUUUUUUUUUUUUUUUGAUCUUUGCAUUUAUUCGAAGUAUUGAUUUGAAAUGUGAAUAUUAGUUUUAAAUUAACUGAUCGGUAAAUACUUGUAAAAUAGUUAAUUGAUUAUGUUUUGUUUAUAUUUAACUUUUAUAUUGUCCAAUAAAAACAAUUUGUAACUUUU